AGUAGUCGAAUGGAGGGAGUUUACCUGUCGAGUCGAUCGUUCCGAGUGCAUAAGAGUGUAAUGCGAGAAAUUGGGUUCUCGCCGGACCGGUCCGACAAUGAUACCAUGUGGGUGCCCAUAAGAUUGCGCGAACUGCAUGACUCUCGGGUACCACCGAUUGAUAACACAAACUGCAUUCUUGAAAAAUGAGAACUUUAUUUUGAUUCUUGUAGAAAACACUAAGAAUUUACAAGGACUCAACCGGUUAAAUGGUUGUUUUUUGUGGUUGUGCAUCAAAUCAUCAGUGAAUCAAAAUAAAUUAUGAUAUUUAUUAUUUAUUUUACUCAAUUUUGCGUUACUACAAUAUUUAUAUUUCAUUGAGGAUACAGUUUCCUCAAAUGUUCGGCAUGUCAAAGUGGGACGACGAUUGUCUCGGUCAUAGAGGGAAAGAAUGUAUUGCAUCUAGUAUUUGCGCGCAUCAACAACAUCCUCAUGAAGACAUUUAUAAAAGAUUAAUGACCGUGAGGCCGAUGCGUUAUGGAAUGAGGGUAGGAGCAGUGUCGCCACCCCCGCCCGGUAUAGGACCGAGAUAUCGUUCUCAUCAAAGCUGCUGGCCUACAACACCUUGCGGCGACAGUGGCUGUGACAACGUUCCCGUCUCCCGGAUCCCUCUACUCACAACACCACCUAUUAAUAGCGUAGAUAUAAUUAGUUGCGCAAAUAGAAUGAGGAUAAACGAGGAUGCUACGUCAAAUAAACUGCUGGCUCAGCAGGCGUCAGUGACAGUGCGCGACCAUGUACUUUAUACGAAUAAGUGUUUGUUAAAGACCCAAUUGAAACGGUGUGCCCUAGUGCGGCCUCAAGUUUAUACGAGAUUUGCAUCUUACGGAGAAAUUACCGAUAAGGACGAUAACACACUGGACCGUCUUCCCAGAUUCCGCUUCGGCGGAAAUCGUACUUCCGCCGCUGAUAAAAGGAAUAAUGACCAUAGAUAUAAAGAACUAAGUGAUAGGUUAAAACGAGGGACAACCCCUGUGCCGCCUCCGAGAACAAGACAUUCAUCUAAAAUUACACCACCUUUAUCAAAUGCUCCACCGGCUGUUUUUCACGAUAAUUUAGAAAGGCACAUACCGUUACGAAGCGCAUCUUUUUCUCAAGUUGAUUAUUGUCCAGACGAUAACAAAUAUAUAAGACGUCGUCCAUCCACUACACAUCAAGAGACUGAAAGCCCCGUUAAAGAAGUAUCUACAUUACCAAGGCCGAAAAGUGCAUCACGACCGACAACUCCGACCUCAGUUAUUAAACAAGAAUUACCAGUAUUCAAUAUAGACUGUACCUCUCAGGAUAUAGAAACUUUAAAUGUAUUAACUGAAACUCCAAGAGUUCCAGAAGUUGAAGUUACACCUGGUUCUCCUGAUAAACCUACAACGCGAUCUCAGGAAAACAACAUUCAAGACAAGAAGCGAGAUAAAUCAAGACGACGGAAGGGGAUUUACAUAUCUCAAUGGCCGAACACAUAUCAAACAACAGAAGAUGUUAUCCCACAAUUUGUUCAAGAUGGAGACUUUCCUUGUGCGGACUCUACUUCUAAGUUCAUACAAGAGUCUCUCGUUGAAAUUUCCAAACUAAGUAAUUCUGACGAAAAGAAUAAAGAAUUUCCUAUAUGGAGUAGCCCCCAAGAAGAGCCAUUGAGCCCUGAAGAAAACAAUAUACCUCCUGAGUGGCCAGCACUGCCUAGACCCAGAUUCUUAUCUCAGUCUCCAGAUGAAAAAGAUACUUUGAAGCUAACUCCACGCAGUAUUAAUCUAUUUCGAUCUGAUUCAUUAUCAGAAGGAGAACCAGAUCUUUGUAAAUUAGAUCAAUUAUCACUGGUACCCUCCGACUUAUCAGAUAACGAAAGUAGACUGAGUUUAAAUACAGAUACAAGUCCUAACGUGCCUAGAAGGUAUUCAAAACGACCUUUAAGAGGACCGUAUGGUCAAAUGCUAGAAGCCGAGAUGAAGAAACCAGAAUGUAGAAAGAAUUUGAAUAAUGAGUUGAAGUUUUUGGAAGACCUAUCUUCAGUACCAUCUUCUUCUCUGAAUAAUUUAUCUAAAUCUAAACAUACUAGGACUAGGGGGUCGUGUAACAGUUCUUUGGACGAAACUAAUGUCAAAGACAAAAUAAAUAAUAAUUCCAAUUUAAAUUCACCUAAACAAGUUAAUAAAAGAAAAGUUAGUGCCGAUAAUUUAAUUGUUCCUAACGAAAUUGAUACUAAGUGUAUUGUUAAUCAUCAACGGACAACCUCUAGUCCAUCGAAACUAGAAGGCUUCGCUAAUGUGGAAGUAAGUAGUGAAUUGUUAGAACAAUUACUACGAGGAAGUUCCGAACAACUGGCUACAAACGAUGCAAAUCAACGGUUGCAAAAGGAUACACGGACACACGUGGUGGUGGAGUUAUACGACAAUGAAAAAACCUAUGUCGAGUCACUUAGGAUACUUGUUACGAAAUAUUUGGAGCCCCUCAAAGCUCCUGAGAAUGCGAAUUUAUUGGACGCAAAUCUAGUCGACGAAAUUUUUUAUCAGAUUCCUUUCUUAUAUAAUCAUCAUCAAAUUUUCUUAACUGAACUGAAAGAAAGACUGGAACAAUGGGAUGUCAAGCAAAAAAUUGGCGAUGUUUUUUUAGAAAUAUUUUCUAAACCUGUCCUCAUAGAUAGUUAUACCAACUACGUUAAUAACUGGAAGAGAGCCAGAGAAACACUGAAGAACGCUCAGCAAUCAAAACCAGCAUUUAGUAGAUUUUUAGAGGUUACGGCGAGGCAGCACACCGGUAAAUUAGCUCUAGAUUCUCUUUUGAUAAAACCUAUACAGAAAUUUCCAAAAUAUGAACUAUUAUUACAAAGACUUAUUAAGCACACGGAUGAAAAUCAUCCAGAUCACAAUCUUCUUCUAGCAGCACAACGCCAGGUUCAUGAACAGUUGCUAAAAAUUAAUUGUACUGAAAAGGAAGCAUUAGAACUAGAACAGCUGAGGGAAAUAGAAGGACUUAUAGAUGGUUUAAUAGAGUUAGCAACUCCUGAACGGCAGUACCUUAGACAUGAUUCAGUUACUAUGUCUCAUGGUGCGGGACCUAGGAAAGAACGAGCCUUAUUUCUUUUUAGCGACCUACUUUUAGUAACAGGGAUCAAAAGAAGAAGUGGGACGAUACGAAGACCUACUACUGGUCAGGGUAGUGUUACAAGUACACUAGAAGCAAACAAGUACAAAUUACUGAUGAAAGUACCUUUAGAAGAUAUAGAAAUUAUAAGAUCCAAAGAUGAUAAUUUAAGACAAAUUAUGAUAGAAGUUGAUAACUUAACUGAAGACAUAUCGAUAUUGAAUCAAAUAAAUGAAUUAACCUGGUCUUUACAUUAUAAUCACACACAUCUGGAUGAAGUAGUCAAAGAAAUGUUAGCCUCGUUAAACAAACAAUUGAAUGAACAACAAAAUUCCGAUUCACAAUUAUCACGUUUGGAUCUCACCAUAUCGACACCAAAUGGCCCCGAAAACGUAUCGAUAGUAUUUUCAAAGUCAGAAAAAAGGACAUCUUGGGAGGAAUCUUUGAACGAAGCUAAGUUAAAAUUAGCUACUACAAGUGAUAGACGACCUUGCCCUGAACUUCUGGCUACUGUGCCCAUUAGAAAAACACGAGCAGGCUUACAGUUCACCUGUGCUGCCCCUACGUUAAGUGAUAAUAGCAAAGAUGUAUGGGUAUGUAAUAGUGAUGGACAUGUAGGACAAGUAUGUGUUCUUAGUUUAAUGCAAGAGCCGAAUGUUAUUUCAUGUAAUGGAGUAUGUAAUGCAAGAAUAUUAUGUAUAGCUUCGGUCCCUGGUGUUAAUAACGGAUCUUCACCAAAUCAUAACAAUAAAGUUGGAGAAGAACCCGAAGAACAUAAAACGAUGCAUUUCGAUAGCAGCUCAUCUAGUGAUGAAGACGAAAACUGUGAUAGUGAAAUAAACGAAGAACCCCAAAAGUUAUUAGAUACAGAAACAUGUAGUAUAGAAAAUGAAGAAACAGAUGUUCAGCAGUCUACCAUGUGGUUAGGAACUGAAGACGGGUGUAUACAUGUAUACAAUUGUAGUGAUAAUAUUAGAAUUAAAAAAAAUAAAAUUAAAAUACAACUAGGGGCUUCAAUUCUAAGCAUAAUAUAUCUGGAUAACAGAGUUUAUGUAUCAUUAGCAAAUGGAGAUAUCAUUGUUUAUGAUAGAGAUACUGCUGGAAUUUGGAAUACCACAAGCUCAACGACGUGUACAGUCGGCUCCUUAAGCGCACCGAUCACUAAAAUGGUACCCAGCAAUGGAAAAUUGUGGUGUGGUUGUGGAAGCAGUAUCAAAAUAUUUGACGUCCAGUCUUUGACAGUAGAAAAUAGUUUUACAGUUAACAAUGACAAUAACAAGUCAAUUACGUCUAUAGUUCUUAACGGAUAUGGGGUGUGGUUAUCCCUGCAAAAUUCGGCUAUACUCAAAUGUUACCAUGUGGUGACAUUUGAACUGUUGUGUGAAAUUAAUGUAGCUCCAUCUGUAACUAAAAUGCUAACAAGUUGCGAUGAUAUCAUUAGACAGCACAAAGCGGCCUGUUUGAGGGUGACAGCUUUAGUCACCUGUAAAGACUUACUAUGGAUUGGAACCUCAGCUGGCGUUUUACUGACUAUGCCCCUUCCACAUAUAUCAUCCGCAAUUACAAAACUUACUUCCGUGCCUACUGUUACCGGUGUACCACACGGGCACACAGGUCACGUGAGAUUUUUAACCUCCGUCGAAAUGGUAAUCAGCGAAUCAUCUCAUAGAAAUUCCUAUAAAACCAAACAAGAUUCCAGAUGUAACACAAAGCUAUUGGUUAUCUCUGGCGGUGAUGGAUAUGAAGAUUUUAGGACGUCGAAUAUAUCCGAAGUAGCUGGCAGAGAAGAUUCUACGAAUCAUUUGCUGUUAUGGAAUAUUUGAAGUUAUAUAUGGAGAACAAUAACAUGUAAUUUGGCAUAUCGAUACAUAGAGUUUUGUACAGGAUAUUUCUAUCAAAUAAUAGGAUUUUUCUUAAAUUGAAUUCCUACAUAAAAAUGUGUUUUUUAGAAACAUGAAAAUCUGAAUAAAAAAAUGUUCAUUAAAGUGAUAGACCAAACUUUAUAUGUACUUUAAAACAUUUAUUGAUGAUUAAAAUUAAAAUAACAAGUUUCCACAUCAUUUUGCGGUAUAUUCUAGUAUAGAUGGAACAAUCAAUUAUUUCUCCAUAGGUCAGUUUUAUGAGAUUUGUGAAGGAGUAGUAUUCGUUAAUGUGGUCAUAAUUUAUUGAAAAUAAUUAAAAUUUCCAUAAAUAAGCAAUGGAAAUGAAUUGGGAAUGUGCAUUCCCAAUAUUGACAUCUGUGAAAAAGUAAUGCUGAUAAUUCGAAUAUUAUACAUGCUCAUUAUAAACAUUGUUAAAGUUAAUAUCUAACCUAUAUCGAUUAGCACUUUUUUCCAAGUAAAUAUAACAAUUGAAUUCAGUCUUGAUGCUCAAUGACAUUUCAACUAAGCCCAACGAAGAGGUUGUCUCCAAAGCCUGAUCAUACUAUUUUGUAGUAAAAAAGUAUCCUUCGAAAAUAGUGAUAGCACUAAUUACAAAUCAUAAUUUUUAUGAUAAGUUCAUCUUAAUUUUUUUCCAAUAUAAUACGUUUUAAAAAUAAAAUGGAAUACUUCUUUUUAUACAUUCAGACAAAUUACCACUGACUUCAAUAUAUUGGUUGCUUGAAUAUCAUCAACCAUUUCAAUAUCGAUUGUGUAAUUUCCGAAAUUAAUUUUUAUAAAUAUAAUAUCUUUAUCAGUCUUUACCUAACUUACUUCUUGAACACGACCAAGUUUUCUGUUUAUUGUGGUUGGUUCAUAAUAUGUAUGCAUAGUAUGCAUGCGUAUACACAACCAAUAAAAACAAUACGAUCGAUUUUGAUGUUUAUAUAUUGAAGAAAAUAUAUAGAUAAAAAUAUUUCCAAAAACGUGAAAUGGAAGUAGAACUCCCGAUCAAGUUGAAUUUGGACGAUUGUGAAAUUAUUACUUUCAGUGCAUUCUUCCUUUCGAAUUAUUUCAAAUACUCUUUGCACAGCUUCGAGAAAUACUAGGAAUCGUCAUCAUAUUAAUAGACAAUUUUUUAUGCCGAUUAGGCGCUGGGCAGAACGUACUACAUUUUCCUAUAAAUUUUAUAACCUUCUUUCUUCAAAAUCCCUUCAAUUUUUACCAGAUCUCCAGUCGUCUUACGUCCAGAACAUGUCCAAACCAUAACCGAGUCUCCACCGGGCUUUACAGCUUUUUUUGACCUGCGCACAUACACACUUCUCUUAGACCCAAAAACCUGAAACUUUGACUCAUCAAUCUCUCACUCUUCAUGCUUCCAAUUUUUAUGUUCUUUUGGCCACUGCAACCUCUUAAUUUUAUUUUGGUGUCUUAAAAGACUUUUCUGCACUGCCACCUUUUCAAAAAGGCCAGCUUCUCUCUAUCUCCUUGUCAAUUUAAAAGUUUCAAGUACAGAUUCCUCGAUUCAUUGAUCUAAGCUGCUAUCUCUAUACCCGUGAGUUGUCGAGCACGUUUACUGAUCAAUAUACGUUUGUGUCCAGCAGUUGUGGUUUCUUAAGGCCGCCAUGAACGUUUUCUAUAGCCAAAGCUCCUCAUGGAUACAUAUUUUUUCACGUUGUAGUCCACGGUACGUCGAGGUAUUUUUAAUUCGGCCUUGAAGUUAAGUUGAGAACAAACAAAAACAUUCAAGACGUAAUACAAUCAGUCUUAUAGAUCAAAAAUUCAAUCUAUUGUGAUUUAUUGUUAGUAGAUAAGGUAAAUUUUAUGCAUUUAGAGGUACUAAUCACAAAAAAAUUACUAUUUCAUUUGAAGUAAACGCUUUCUAUUUACUGGAGGAUAAUUGAGUUCUAUAGAUCAACUUAUCAUAUUUAAGUUGGAGUUUUUUGAACCGUUGGUGAUAUUCAAGCUGAACACACUGUGUACACUACCACUAUACCAACACUCACAAUUACUACAUCGUUUGACGAGCAAUUCGAUAAUCAAGUUAUGUCUUCAGAAACUGAAGGCAAACUAAAACCUCACUCACCCGAUUUUAUACAAAAAUUUUCUACCGAUGAAUCUUUUCCCGCGAAAAAUAAUUCGAGUGGGAAAACCUCCUUCACAUUUAUUCCUUAACUACUAAACUAUAGAGUGGGCUCUAAGGAAUAGAUACUUCGUCCUUAUUUAAGCUUUUCAUACAUUUAACAAUUCCAAUGCUUCCAAAUGUAUCCAACAAUUUAUUAUUGGAUACAUUUUUCAACAAUUUUACGUUAUUUAUAUUUAUUUCAUGAUCGGCAAUACUCGAUUUUUCGGUCCGUCCAUAUUUUAUCUGAGCUAUGUUCCCUUUGAACCGAACCUUAACGGUUUUCUUAAUCUACCCGAAAUACUUCUCGUGACAAUCACUACAGAUAAUUUUAUAUAUACCACUCUUCUUCAAAUGUAUUUUAUCCUAAGAUUACCAAAUAAUUCUUUCGAUUUUAUUAUAUGAUCGUUAUCAUUGUAUUGAAAUUAUGAAAUGUAAGAACAGUUUAAAUGAGGACAAAGGGCCUAUUCCUACUCCAUAAUUUAGAAGUUAAGUAAUAAAUAUGAGGAUUUCCACCAAGGAAGUUUUCCCGCUCGAAAUAUUUUUCCCAGGAGAAGGUUCAUUGUUAGAAAUUUUUAUUAUAAAAUAGGUGAAUCAAGUUAAUUGGUUUUAAUUUUUCUUCUGAAGACGAUAAAGUGGUUAUCAAAACGUAAUAGUUUUUGAGAUUUUGGAUCAAUUUCGAUUUUCAUCGUAAUACUACUCAUAAUACGCAUUCCUCUCAAAUCAAUGACUUAUUCCAUCUUAGAAUUUUACUCUGACAACACAACUUUGAACAUUGCGUCAACUUGUUGAAUUAUCAAAUUUGAUAUUAUCAAAAUAAAAGAGACAAUUGCUUCUUUAUUGGGUUCUGCUUAUAUAAUGCAUUUAAAGUUUGCAGUCUUCCAGAUAUAUAUUGAAAUAACAUUUGCUAUAAAUAUUGUGCAAUAUUUUUUAACGAUGUAGUUAUUCAAAAAAUGAAUUAUAUAUAACAUGGAACUAUUUUCAAUGGUGAUUCAUGUUUUGUAUUAAAUUGGUGGCGAAAUAUGAAGUUUAUAUUUUUGAAACAUAUCUUGUGAAUGUAUAGGAAUGUAGUGUCUAAUGUAAAUGAUGAAUUCAAAUGUCUAGAACCAAUAAUAUCGAUGUGCUUUAAUAACUGUUUUUUUAAUAUUGGAAGCUAUGUUAAUUCCGAGAGGUUGAAUUUUUAUUUAAAUAGAAAAAUCCUGUAUGUUCGCGUGAUACUUGCAUUUUUGUAAAAUGUGUGAUAGUAUUUAUAGGAUUUGUAAAUGCAUUGAGGUGGAAGUGCUAGAUUCUUUUUUCUGUCUUACAUACUUCAUUGUUCCUAAGAAAUUAUUUGUUAGGUUCAACACAUUAAUAAUUGAUGAUAUAUGGGAUUUUCUUUAAAACAUUAACUGCUAUCCGUAAGUAAUAAUGAGUAAAAAAAUUAUAACGCUUUAAAUAGUACAAGAGUACCUAAUCGAAACUAUAUUAUUGAUUUUCUAAAAUUUCUAUCUAAAUUCAUAUUUUGAAUUGAACUUCACAGAUUUGUUGAUAUGCAGCUUAAAAUUGUGGUUCUCUCAAAUUUAUCACUUUUUCACAGUGAAAUACUCUCCUAAAUUUCCCUAAUUCAAUUAUUUCUGAAAAUUAUAUAUUCAAGGCAAAGUAAUGGACAGUGGCUGACAUUUUGUUACAAGAAAUGAAGUUUGGCAUUAAUAAAAUGGACAUGCUUUGUAAAAUUCUGGUAAAAGUGUGCAGAUAUUUAUUUUAAGUACAUACACUUCCAAACAAUGGUAUUUUUUGUCUUAGUGUAUCAACCAGAUUAGACAAAUAAUUUAAUAAGCACAGGUUAAUAGAAUAAUUUCUGAUUGUCAGUUGCAUUGUUGUGAUGAUUAUUAUAAUUUAUAAAAUGCGGCAAAUUUACACAAUAUAGGAGGGCACUAAGGAAACUAUCCUCCGGCCGUUUUAACGAUGGAUGCUGUUUGUAAUAAGUGCUUAUCAAAGAAAUCGAUGGAAAAAUCGGCAGGUCCGUAAUUUUAUAAUCGCUCAACAUUCAGAAUACUUUCCAAACUGUUUUGUGUGAGACAGUCUUAGGGAAAUAGACAACCGGAAGUUCUAUCCCAUUACUAACCAUUACUUGAAAUGCUCAAGAAACCUUACUUACCGAAUUCAUGACAUUUGAAACAACAAUAAAUUCCAAAUAUUUACUGUAGCAAAUAAUUCAAAACAAAUGUCGCGGCCUAAUGUAGUUUAAGUAUGUGAUUUUUCACAAUAACACGCACCAUCACACUGCUAUUACAGCAGUAGAGGUUUCAUGCAAUUUCAAAUAUUUCAUUAUCUUUCCUCCAACACUUUUGAAUAUCAUCUGUUCAAUGUGAUGAAGAAGUGUCUCGGAGAUGAUGUGAAACUUCAAAAACACUGUGACACAGUUCAGUUUUUCAGAAAAUGGAAUUGGUAAUUUAGUAAAAUAAGUGAAUGCAUGACGGAAACUAUGUUAAAACGUGGAGCGGUUACAAUGAAUCACUAAUGGUAUAUUAGGAACGCAACCCAUAUUGAUAAUACAUUUUCGUAAAUUAAGUACCUUCGAUUUAAUUCACGUAAUGGUAUUUUUGGAUCUCUUUGAACAUUUUCGAUAAACAAUUUGUUGUAAUCUCAACCAGUACCUGAAGGUUGUUAGUUUUUCAUAAAUAUAAAAGCGUUUGAUCUUCCAAAGCACUUUUGAGCUUCGCAGGUAUCACAUGGGUCUAUGAUCUUUAAGGCAUAUAAGUGUAAUUUACUAAAAAAAUAAUAUCAACAAAUUUGCGGCAUGUUAUAUGUAGUUUCAAUGUCGACAAAAAAUUGUUUAAUUCAAAAGCUCAUAUUCAUAGAAUAUACUGAAUUCUCUCAAAAUGAAUAUAUUUCUUUAUUUCAAAAAUUAUUUGUUUACAUUGUUAUGAAAGAUUACAUACGGAUUAGCUCACAUGUUCAGUGCCGGAUUAAGCCGGGCUUGGGGGGGCUACAGCCCCGGGCCCCAGGUCCAAGAGGGCCCUAUCAUUUGGAAAUCAUUCUGUAUUUUUUGAUGUGUUGAUACCACACAUCUAACGUAUUGAUAUUAUUUUGUGAAUUUUUCCCGGUUUCCGAAUUACUUAAGGGGGCCCCGUCAUUAUUUUAGCCCCGGGCCUUAUAAAUCUUAAUCCGGCCCUGCACAUGUUCAUUAUACCUUUGUUAAAUUGAUGAUAUACAAAUUUUCUAUUCAAAUAUAUACCGAAUAUUUGUACCAUUCUGUUCUAAUACAUCGAGAAUGUCGAAAAAAAAAAUGUUUUAUAUGAAUUUUUUAAUGCAAUUAUAAAUAAUGUACAUUUGAAAACUUUUAUUUUGUAAUGAAAUUCGUAAUAUUGCUCAAAAUCCCAAUUAAUCAAUAUAUAUCAGUCGUUUUCCUAUAUAAAAAUCGUUACAAAAUAUAUUUAUUUAUUCAUU